AUGAGAAUGAGAUGUUUGCAAGAUUCAGAAAAAUCACUUAAUGACUUACUUACAAUGAUGAGAACAAUGGAAAUUUCGAAGACUCAAGCAACAAGUAUGUCAAAGGACACUAGUAGUCAGCAGGUAGUGCGUGUAAACAGCAAUCCAUAUUUUAGUCGGAAAUCAAAGGGAUUCGUACCACAACGUUCGCAACAACGUUCUAGUUCAUAUCAAGGUUUACCGCAAGCAGGCUUGUCGUCGGGAAGGCGAAUCAGUCCUCACCAAACUAGCAAGAAAUGUCGUAACUGUGGAGGAAAAUACCCACAUAUAUCACGUUGCCCCGCGCUUGGAGCAGAAUGUAAUUAUUGCCAUAAGAAGAACCAUUAUAUAUCUGUUUGUAGAAAACGUAAGAAGCAGGUGACAUUGAUCGAGGAUGAACAGCCGGAUUUAGAAAUUUUAACAGAUGAAUACGAGACGGAUUGCAAUUCGGAUGAAUGUGAUGUGCUAUUUGGAUUCAUGUUAGAUAGAAAGAAAGUGCCAAAGAAAAGAAUAAAAUUAAAUGGUGUAGAUGUGAAUGUUUUGGUUGAUAGCGGGUCAUCGAUCAAUAUUGUCAGUGAAAUUGUCCUUAAGAAAAUGAAAAAAUCACCGGAAAUCAAGAAAGCGACCACGAAAGCGUUCGCAUUUGGACAGAAGUCUCCACUGCCAUUCCAAGGUAAAUGUUCUUUGCUUGUUGAGUCGGACUCAAAAUUCGUGACCAGAGAUUUCCAUAUCGUUACGGGUAAUAAAGAAUCAUUGAUUAGUUAUGAGCUGUCAGUAGAGCUUGGGAUUUUACCGCAGAUACAAUCUGUUCAAACCAAAGACGAAUAUGAAGGACUUACCGAAGAAUACUCGCAAGUUUUCACUGGGUUAGGAUGUCUGAAAGACAGAAAAGUUAAGUUUCACAUUGAUGAAAGUGUUGUGCCAGUAGCUCAGCCUCCUAGGAGAGUGCCAUUUCAUGUGCGUGAGCAAGUUGAGCAGGAACUUAAAAGUUUGGAGGAUAUGGAUGUUAUUGAAAAAGUGGAAGGUGUACCAACACCAUGGGUAUCGAACCUGGUAGCUGCUCCAAAACCAAAUUCACCGAGAGAAGUAAGAGUGUGCAUAGAUAUGAGGAAAGCCAACACCGCAAUUAAAACAGAGAAAAAUGUUAGUCCGACGGUGGAUGAUAUAAUCUUAACGUUGAACGGCGCAAAAGUGUUUUCGCGUCUCGAUCUGUACAAAGCUUUCCAUCAAAUUGAACUGGAUGAGUCAUCACGUGCAAUGACAACGUUUCAGACACAUGUUGGACUUUUUCGAUAUAAACGUUUAAAUUUUGGAGUGUCAGCAGCACCGAUUCUGUUCCAAAAUGAGCUUCGUCAAGCACUUCAGGGUCUAACAGGCGUGUUAAACAUUGCUGACGAUAUCGUAUGCUACGGCAAAACGCGUGAUGAAACAUGA